UUUGUCGCUUUAUUCGUUCAUUGUGUUGAUGCUUCCUCUUUUGGCGAUUAGCUUUAUAACGGCUUCUCGAGGAAAAGUAAAAUAAAGUUGGGAUUUUGCAGCUUACUAGUAAUGGAGCAAAAUCAGAGAAGCAGAUUCAGUAAAAUUUGUGUUUUUUGCGGAAGUAACUCUGGUCACAGAGUAGUCUUCAGCGAUGCUGCAAUCGAACUUGGCAAUGAACUGGUGAAGAGGAAGAUUGAUUUGGUUUAUGGAGGUGGAAGUGUUGGUCUAAUGGGUAUGAUAUCUCGGAGAGUCUCAGAAGGUGGUUGUCAUGUACUCGGGAUCAUUCCAAAAGCUUUGAUGCCUUUUGAGAUAUCUGGUGAGACUGUUGGAGAUGUAAGAAUUGUUGCAGACAUGCACGAGCGUAAAGCUGCAAUGGCUCAAGAAGCUGAGGCCUUCAUUGCGCUUCCUGGAGGUUAUGGAACUAUGGAGGAACUUCUGGAGAUAAUAACGUGGGCGCAACUCGGUAUCCAUAAGAAGACGGUUGGUGUUUUGAAUGUUGAUGGUUACUAUAACAAUUUGCUUGCAUUAUUUGACACUGGAGUUGAAGAAGGUUUUAUUAAGCAAGGCGCUCGUAAUAUCAUUGUUUCUGCUCCCUCGGCUAAAGAACUUAUGGAGAAGAUGGAGCUAUAUACUCCUUCCCACAAGCACAUUGCUGCUCACCAAAGCUGGAACGUUGAACAACUUUAAGAUUACUUGGGCAUGGUGAUAUUUUAUUGUCUUUUGGAUAAAGAAACAGUCUCUUAAGAAUUCGAAACAUCAAUAUGUGUUUGCAAAUUUUUCAAUGACAAUGUUUUCUCAAUAGUGCAGAGCUUUUGGUGUAUGGUUAAGGCCAUUAUGUCUUCGUCGUCUGUUUUUGUUUGAAAGUUGGGAAAUCAAUCAGAAUGAUCUGUCACGUUUUUUUUUGGAAAGAAAUUGUGACAGAUUCUAAGUUUGUAAAGCGACAGCUUACUCAACUCACAUGGAAGCAAUUAGAUAAUGUCUCUUUCUGAAAGCAACUUUGUCAGAACAAGACUAUUUGUUUCACUUGUCAUUUUUUACCUUACCUUAUCUCUCCCUCAGUUAGUUGUUUGGCCUAUAUGUGUACCCAUUUGAGUAUUCCACUUUGGAACUUUAUUACUCUUUGUCCUCUCACAUGAUUCUGUAUACUAGUGUUUUGUUAUGUU